UGUCAAGAAAAUGGAGUUUUGUUACGCAUAGUAAAUUUUGAUAAAAAGUUCCAAUAUGAAGUCUAACAAUAAAAUUUUUGUGACCUGCAUGGGUUAGAAUGGACCAUUCGACUCCAUUUCAACCUUGGGCCAGUGAUGAUAAUACAAAAAAUGUUAAAGCCGAUAGGGAAUUAGUGGAUGACGCGAAACUUCAUCGGGAAAAUGUCAAUCAUCCAAAACAUAGGCAAACUGCGUCUUACGAUAAAGAAAGUGUCGUUGCUCCAAUCAGUGUCCCGGGACCAUCAACGAUUCCAGGGACUGAUAGUGCCCCGGGUGCCAGUAAAGAGUCCAUAAUGGACUCAAGCAAAAUAUCAUCUAUGCAACAAAUCGUCGAGAAUACUCUCAGCCAAGAAGGUCGGCAAAGAGUAACCCAAUUGUUAGAUGCAGUGGAGGCUCUAAGUGGUGCUGAGAGACUUUUACUCUAUCUACGUCUGCCAACAGGUGUUCCACCUCACGAUCCUUUGAAACAACCGAUCAAUCCAUUAGGUUCACGAGCGGAACUACAACAAACUGUAACAUGGAUACAGACUCAUUUGGAAGUUGAUCCGGAUGUUUCCUUACCAAAGCAAGAUGUUUAUGAUGAAUAUAUAGCUCAUUGCAUGAGUAGCAACAUGAAGCCUUUAUCAACAGCUGAUUUUGGAAAGGUUAUGAAGCAAGUUUAUCCAAGUGUUCGUCCUCGUCGGCUGGGAACACGUGGCAACUCGAGGUACUGUUAUGCUGGUCUUCGGAAGAAGAUCAAGCUGGAAGUGCCGCAGUUACCUGUAUUAGGGGAAACAUCAAAAGAAUCCACAGUUGCUCCUAGAGAAACUGAAAGAAUUGUUUGUGACUGGGCUGAAAGUACACUUGGUGUAAAAUUCGGAAGCAUAGGGGAACUGUCUCGUCACCUGGUGACAGUCGGCACGAGUCAGAGAGCGCCGCCCGGGCCCGCCAGUGCAUCGCCUCCGCCGAUAGGACAUGCGCCUGCAGACGAACCCUCCGGUCGACAAUUGAUCAAACAGUUGAAGCGAAAAUUACAGACGCAAGGCACACCAGGUCGACCAAAAAAGAACAAAAGUCAAGAGAUUAGCGGAGAGUCUCCGCCGUCUACUUCUUACGUAAGUCAACAUGGUCCAGUAAAACACGAAAGCGAAAUGAUGUCGGAACCGGGCUACGGAUACCAACCUCCUUACAUGCCUGUGUACGACGUGCGUCCCCCCUUCCCUCCCUACGGCGUCCCCCCGCGCGCCCACCCUCCUCCUCCGCACAUGACGCCCUCGCCCCAUCCGAUGUCCGUUCACGAAUACCGCCCCGACCCUUACGUCUUCGAGCCGCCCUAUGCACCACGUGACUUAACCUUGCCCGCUGACACGACGCAUAAUUUACCUAUAAACCUAAGCAGCGACGCCUCACUAGAUCUAUCUACGGAACGUACUGAAUUGCAACGACGGCGACCUCCGGAACCUCCGCCGGCGCGCCUUCCGCUACCCGGCAAAAAACUCAUCCUCGAAACUUAUCAGAGUGAGACACAGGGCGGCUCUCCCCGCUCCUCUCAAAUAGACACGCGCCCCACGCAUCAUGUCACCGAGGACUUUCCCAGAACAGAAUACUUACCGAAAAAGAUGAGAGCCGCAGAAAUAAUGGGUGGCAAGUUGGCCGCCGCCAGGCAGGCCUUGUCUUCCGCCGAAACGUCUACGUCGUCGGUCAUCACCGAAACAUCUGCUCGUUCCGAGGUUGGUUUUUUAGAGGAUCCAAAAAACUUAACGAGCCGGUCCAAAAGCACCGCCGCGGCGCUGGCUCGGGAGGAACAGGAGGCGGCGAGUCCGACACGGUCGGUGAAAGCUCUGACGCCUAAGUGCGAACGCCCCAAACUACGCAAACCCUACUGUCGAACGAAGGCAUCUUCCCCCGAUAAAAUAGACUUACCCGAUCGAACGGCCACGCCCGACUCUUGUUGCGGCUUGGUCGAGAUCAAUAUCAAAACUGGCAUGAUAUGCGAAGAGAAACAUUCAGAAAUAUUAAAUAGAGAACGAGUGAUUAGCAUAUGUAACAUAGACAAGCACGACCUCGAUGACUAUCUUAACGAAGGCAACAGUCAAGAACACGAAGAGGAAUUGUUACAGUAUUUCAAUCACCGCGAGACGGACCAAGAAGCACCGGCGCAAGCGAACACAAAUUUUAAUGCACCGCCUUUUUUAGAAACAAGCCAAGACCCACAAGACGAACACAGCCAAGGAAAAAAUGAAAAAUUAUCACAGUUGCGUGAGUUACUAGCUAAGAAUUUAAAAAGUCAAAAUGGGUCACAAAGCGUUGCAAUAAAUCAAGAUGUUCAUGUGCCAUUAGAAACGUCUCAAGAGAUGACAGAUAAAUCUAAUACAUUAGUAGCCGAAGGAGCUUUCAAACCUGUCUUAGGAGCAAACGUAGUGGAUCUGAUGAAUGGCACAACUUUAUCAGACCCGGGAGAAAUGAAUAAUGAUAACAAACAGUGUAACUCUAACCCUAAUGGAAAUAGUUCUUGUGCUCCUUUAGGAACUGACGCGCCGAAUCAAUUGAUAACAAACAUGGCAGGUGGUACUCACCUGUAUAACGGCAGCUGCCAUGAACCGCAGAGUCCUACGACUAGAACGCAGCAGUAUGAAUUUGUCCCUAUAUCGGAUGCAUGUCAUUCUCCUGGUAAUUUUCAUUGUAAAUCCCCACUAGGAUUUAACGAUAGAGGACACAGUCCUACAAAGAUGAACAAAUCUGUUAUAAUGGGCGGGUCUCUUCAAACCUCUCCGAUUUCGCACAGUACUGCCGCUAGUCCGUUUGUAAGUCCUAGGAAUACGCCGGUGCCUAGAUCACGACUUUGUUCUCGUCCAACGCCUAAAUUAAAUGGAAGGAGACGGCGAAAUCCAUUAUCUCUCGGCAUGAACGAUUCGGGUCCUAAACAGUUUGCGGUGCCCAAUGACCAAAAGUUUAUCUCUAAAUCAUCAGUUUGCAAUUCUAUCAAAUAUUGCCAACCUAUGUCAGCUCCGCCAUCGCCAAAUAUAAUCACUCAAUAUAAAAAUCAAAUGCUUCAAAAUACUCCGUUUAUGCAAAAUGGUACAAACCACGUGUGCUUAAAUUUUGUUCCCAACUCAUUGUUUCGGGAAAAUGUAAACGGAGAUUUGGCUCAACCGUUGUCUGCUGAUCCUUUAUCACGAGAAGUGAGUCAAUUCUUUCAAGAGCCAGUGAGUUAUGGAUUGGGUCUCGACACUUCGUAUAGAUCACAAUCAGUACCAUUAAAGCCCGGUAUGAACAAUAUCGGCCUUUUGAGUUACAAUAACACUCCUGUGGGUUCCGUUCCUCCCACACCGGUACCGAACGAAUUUAGCGAUUUCGGGUCGCUUGCUGAUACCUGCGACAUAUCGAAGGCCGGUCUUAAUCCAGAAACACUAGACAAGAUUUAUGACGCGAUAGAUAGCAGUAAUGAUGUACUUAACACGGGUGCCGCACCGAAUCUUUUGAAUGCUAACAAUGCGUUAACCAAUGGUUGCGAUGCUAUACCCGAACAACAAAUUUUAACUGACGAACAAUUAAAUCCAUUUAUUCCUACCGCCAAUGAAUUGCUAGACAGGAAUAGCCAAUUUAAUCACUCUUUUGGUAACGAAGAUGCCGGGACAGAUAAUGUGGAGGAGUUUUUGAAAAGGACCAACAGUAUCGAAUUAGACCUAUCGGACCUCGUACCGGAUAAAAGCAAGUACUACACGUCACGGUCGGUGCCGAGUACGCCGUUGCCGUACAAACGCACUGCGCCCAACCUGCAGAUCGAUUCGCGGCGUUCGAGGGAAUUAUUCGCAACAGACAAUUAUUCCAAUGCAUCGAACGGCAUAUCAUCAAAGUCCGUACCAUCGACUCCGCAGCUCGCGGAAGACAGGAGCGUGUUUAGUUACAGUAACAGAGAUUUUCUUAUCAAUGGUAAUUCCGUUGAAGUGUGUGGCACGACUCAAAUUCAAAAUAUGGUAGACAAUGAUCAGGGUCUUUCAUCACCUUUAGAUAUGCUACGGGAAGAUAUAUUAGCGCCACUGACUUCGUCAGAUUUGUUGGCGGACCUCGAUAAAAUGGACGGGACUCCAUACGUUGACCUCUAGUGGAACUUAUUAACAUUAUGUUUCAAUUUGUACAGAAUCAUUGAUGUCUUUUUAAAGUACAAUAUUAUUUUUAUGCCUUCAGUGAAGGUCGACAUUUAUUUGUAAAUUUGUGUAUCAUAGUUUAAAUGUAAAAUAUGGAUCGCACACUCUCUGAUAUCCGAGUCAAUAAGAUGCACCAUAUUAUUGUGAUAACUGAUUACUAUGAAACCUGUUAAAUGGUCGAUGUCAUCAUACAACAUACUAGAGGAUUAUUUUAUUUAAUGAUAAAGCCAUAGAAAUUUUACAUAUUGUGACUUUUGUGUCUUAUUUAAUUCAAUUUCUUCGUCAAUUUUAUGUAUUUUGAAAUGUUGUAUGAGAUAGAAUUUGUGUGAAAAUGUUAUGAUAUCUAAUGCCGAUAUGUACUUCAUGACAAUAUAUAUUCAUUAAAUUGAAUGACAUCGAAAUUUUGAUAUGUACUUUAUAUAUAGGGUGAUGCAAUCAAUUUUAAUUGUCUAAUAAUACAUAAGAAGAGAAUUCCAUCAAGUUGUUGAGGAUGUAGCUGAAGCUAUGUAGUACUCUGGUAUAGAACAGACCAACCCGGCGUGCCAAGCGCGCUCAGUAAUCAUAAUUGGUUUUUAAGAUAUACAUAGUAUAUAGUUUAUUAUAAAUGAAUUUAUUGUAAGUUAGCACAAAGAUUUAAUAUAUUUUAUUAUCGAAUAGGAGUUUUACUCUUAUAUACUAAAUUUACAAUUACUACAUUUAAUGUAGUAUGAAUAUUUAAAAUGUGCCGUUAUAAUGGUUGCAGGGAGCUUAUCAAUUGACGAUGGAAACCAUUUAAAUUAUCCAUUUAAUUCGUUUGAAUUAAAUCUUAGAUACCAUUACCAGGCCGACCUAAGACGAUUUAUGUUUUAACUCAAAAACUGAAGCCAUUUAAAUGAAAUCCAAAGAAGUUAAAAAAAAAUCUGUCCCUAAACUGUCAAGUGAAUAUUGUAUCUAAUUUCAAUAUUACAAUUUCUAUAUUAAAAUUAUAAAUAUUGUCGAUCGCACAUUUGUAAUUUAUUUGUU